GGGCGGGGCCGUGCGCUGCUCACUCAUCCACACUCAAGUCAUUUCUUGUGUAUCCACUUCCACGCAUCCUCUGCCACAUAAAGCCUUGCAGGAGCCCAGAGGCCCGGCCAUGGACACACAGAAAGAAGCCUUGCAGAGGAUCAUUGCGACACUUGCGAACAAAAAUGAUGAAAUUCAGAAUUUUAUCGACACACUAAACCACAGACUUAAAGGUGUUCAGACAAACUCUGCCAAAGUGCUUUCAGAACUGGAUGAAGAAUUUGAUAGCCUGUAUUCUUUGUUGGACGAAAUGAAAGAAAGCAUGACUAACAGUAUAAAGCAAGAACAAGCUCAUAAAACGCAAGCGUUGCAGAAUCAGCUUACCCAGUGUACAAAUGCCUUGGAGAGCUCUGAAGAAUUAUUAGAAUUUGCUUCACGGACCAUGGAUAUAAAGGAGCCCGAGGAGUUUACUAAGGCUGCCAGACAGAUCAAGGAUAGGGUAACAAUGGCUGCCGCCUUUCGCCUUUCACUUAAACCGAAGAUCAGUGACAACAUGACACACUUAAUGGUGGACUUCUCCCAGGAGAGGCAGAUGAUCCAAACUUUAAAGUUUUUACCAGUCCCCAAAGCCCCAGAGAUUGAUCUAACAGACUGCAUUGUGGCUGAUAAUUGUGUGUCAGUUGCGUGGCGGAUGCCUGACGAGGAUAACAAGAUUGAUCACUAUGUGAUGGAAUACAGGAAAACACACUACGAUGGCCUUCCUAGAGUUAAAGACGAGAGGUGCUGGGAACAGAUCGAUCAUAUAAAAGGCACUGAGUACACUCUAUCUGGUUUAAAGUUUGAUUCCAAGUACAUGAACUUCAGAGUAAGAGCCUGCAACAAAGCUGUAGCUGGGGAAUAUUCAGACCCCGUUACGUUGGAGACCAAAGCUUUGACAUUUGCCUUUGACAGCAUGUCAUCACAUCUAAACUUGAAAGUAGAAGAUUCCUAUAUAGAGUGGGACCCAACAGGAGGAAAAAGCCAAGAGAAUAAAGUUAAAGGGAAAGAGAACAAAGGCAGUGGCCAUGUUACGUUACUGAGGAACAAUAUCAGAAGUGGUACCCCAUCCCCAAAAAGAACAUCUGUUACGGCUAGACCUGCUAUGAUGAGAGGAAGUAGAGAUCGAUUCACUGGAGAGUCUUACACAGUGUUGGGGGACACAACAGUUGAAAGUGGGCAACAUUACUGGGAAGUAAAAGCUCAAAAAGACUGCAAAUCCUACAGUGUAGGCAUCUCGUACAAAUCCAUUGGCAAGUUUGACCAACUAGGAAAAACGAACACCAGUUGGUGCUUACAUGUCAACAAUUGGUUACAGGCAGCAUUUGCUGCAAAACACAAUAACAAGGCCAAAGCUUUGGAGAUGCCUGUUCCUGACAGGAUAGGUAUAUACUGCGAUUUCGAUGGAGGUCAACUGUCAUUUUAUAAUGCAAAUACAAAACAGUUACUGUACAGCUUUAAAUCAAAGUUCACACAGCCAAUUGUCCCAGGAUUUAUGGUUUGGUGUGGCGGGAUCACAUUGUACACAGGGCUGCAGGUUCCGAGUGCUGUGAAAACACUUCAGAAAUCCGAAAAUGGAAUGGGUGGCUCAUCUAACAGUCUAACUAGUGUUGCUCAAUAACCUCACUCAGUAAUCACCUGAUAGGAUUAAUGGAUCGUUUGCUCUGACUUGAGUGGAUUUUUAGUGAAUUUCAUUUUAUUUAGUAACGUGGUGGUUGCUGUUCACCAAAACUGUGAGCAAACAGAUCGUUUGGGUGAUUGGCCCGUUGCUGCUCCGGGACUUGCGUUGCUCUUGGUGCUCUGCUUCUAUGCUGAUAAGGUCAGCUCUAAGCAAGUCAGCAGGCAUAUACUGCACAGGAUGGAGGACCUAUGGACAAGGCACGGAAAAGAAGUACAUGUGAAACUUUUAGGUUGCUUUUUGUGGUUUUGGAUACAGCCUUGUAGCCUGUGUAACUUACAUUAAGCGUAAUAUAUGACUGGAUUUUCAAAUGUGACCAUUCAAACACCUUUAUAGAGGGCUUUCUGGCUCUCUGUAUUUUGAGAGAGAGCAUGCAAACUAGGCAGGCUUUUAACAUAACAUCCUCCUAAUUAUAUAUUUAGUGGUGCAACCAAUGCAAAACGAAAUGUCUCCUACCAUCUUUUAAUUGUCUAGGAGUGAGACUUGCCAACUAAUUUACUUUCAAAAUCAAAGGGUUUUGUGUAUAAAUGCCGAUUCUGGAGCAAAAGUUAUAUAAGUGGAACAAUUAGCAGGGAAAUGUUCCUGCUUUUUGUCCCACUUUUAUAAACUAAAAAAAAUUAUAAUUUUGUCUUACAAGACUCUUCGGGGAUAUAAAAAUUAAAAUAGGCAAGCAGUGUUUUCCAAGGAACAGAAAAAAAAAUCAAUUUUCCUUUAAAACCAUACAGACAAUUCUUUAGAGCAUUUACAGAGGCAACAAUGUUUUUUUCUUUUAACAACCAAAGAUGUGGUCGAACUGUUGCCUGUGUAGCUGUAGAGAUUGUCUGUGGUUUUGAACGAGUGCUGGACCAUUUUGAUCAUCACUAAAUAUUUAUUUUCUACACUUUCCAUCAAUCAAGCUGUUGAAUAUAUGCCAAUACUGCAUAUCAUGGCUGUCUUAUAUGUGCAAAGCAUUUCGAUAUUAGUAUAUACCUAAAUGAUUUGCACAUAUAAGGAAUCCUACCCAUCUAAUGAUUUUUUUUGUUUCUUACCAUACAGUGUAGCUUUCAC